CCAUUAACCAGUUCAUUUUUCUAGUUUUCGAUUACUUCAAAAAUUUUUAGGUUAUGUCAAAUUAAAAUAAAUACUGACAUUAAUAGUCAUUGAAAAUUGAAAUAAAAAGGAAAUAAUAAUGACUGCUGACCUAAUAGUCGAUCAUGAAAUAAGAUUAUGGGUGUUCCUGCCUAUUGUUGUUAUCACUUUUUUGGUAGGAAUACUAAGGCAUUACAUAUCUAUACUCUUAACUAGUCAGAAAAGAGUAGAGCUACAACAGUUGCGAGAUAGUCAACUAAUAAUGCGAGCUAAAUUGUUACGAGAAAAUGCAAAAUAUAUUCCAAAGAAUUCGUUCCUCAUGAGAAAAGGAGCAUUCAAUAAAGAGGAAGAAGGUUAUUUAACUCAGAAAAGACCUAAUAACAAUCAAAAUGUAAUGACUGACCCUUCAGUUAUGACUGAUAUGUUGAAGGGAAAUGUAACUAAUGUCCUACCAAUGAUAAUCAUCGGUGGCUGGAUAAACUGGAUGUUUUCAGGAUUUAUCACAACGAAAGUUCCAUUCCCAUUAACGUUAAGGUUCAAAUCGAUGCUUCAAAGGGGAAUUGAACUUUCCCAUUUAGACGCCUCAUGGGUAUCGUCUGCUUCAUGGUAUUUCUUGAAUGUUUUUGGAUUGAGAAGUAUAUAUGCUUUGGUUCUCGGAGAGAAUAAUGCAGCCGACCAAAGCAGGCAAAUGCAAGAUCAAAUGUCUGGUGCAGCUACAAAUAUGCCCCAAGACCCUAAAAUACCUUUUAAAGCUGAGUGGGAAGCUUUGGAAAUAUUAGAACACCAAUGGGCUCUAGCCAAUGUAGAAAGCACCCUAAUAUAAGUAAAUUAAAAUUAUAUAAAAUUCUGAUUUAUAGUGAUUUGAUGUUUCCAUAUUUAUCGACAUAGCAAAUUGAUUAAAUAAUUCUGUAUCCAUUUUAUGCCUACUUAAAUAAUUUAUGUAACUCCAGCAAAAAGUUUUACUCAAUAAAAUUAAUAAUUUCGUCAUAAUUGAA